UGCAGAAUCCGAUAAAAUGCGCUGAAAGACUGUUUUCUGUGUAUUCAGUAAAUUGAAAUUAUAUUAAACGGAUUCUUCAAACGAAAUCAGCGGAUGUUUGGAAGCAAAUGUUUAACAAAUUUGAAGGAGUUUAAUUGACUUACAUUUGACGAAAACAAACUGGCAAUGGUGCAAUCAGUUUCAAUGGAAACUAAUCCUCUUUCUCACAUGCGUUUGCAUCCAUUUAGUAUAAGAUGUGUAUUAGGAGAAACCAAUAAAUGUGACAAUGAAGAACAAAAACUUGACGAUAACAGAAAUGAAUAUAACAUGAGAAAAGAACUUAUUGAGAGGGAACGCUCUGAAACACGUUUCAGACAAGUGGACGAUCAUGGUGACAGCGAUUCUAGUUAUUGUAAAGAGGAAGACAGUGAUGUUGAAAUAAAUGUUGAUGAAGUGAAUGUGAACGAUGUAAAUGACUUUGAAGAGUGCAAUAACAAUCAAGCAGACGACUUUGGAGAAACAUAUUCUCCGAGAGAGCAGAAUUCACUGGAACAAAAUUCAGACGAAGGCGAAAUUAAAAUGACCAAAAGUUGUCCUAAAAAGGAAGCAGAACCUGAUGAGCCUUCAAAGAAACCGGAAAAGCCUCCCUUCAGUUACAAUGCACUGAUAAUGAUGGCAAUACGGAGCAGCCCAGAGAAAAGACUAACUUUGAAUGGUAUCUAUGAAUUUAUUAUGAAAAACUUUCCGUAUUAUAAAGAAAAUAAACAAGGAUGGCAAAACUCUAUCAGACAUAAUUUGAGUUUAAACAAAUGCUUUGUGAAAGUUCCAAGGCACUAUGAUGAUCCCGGAAAGGGGAAUUACUGGAUGUUGGACCCAUCUGCCGACGACGUUUUCAUUGGCGGUACAACCGGAAAGCUUCGGCGCCGAUCGACGACAGCGUCGCGUAGCAGACUUGCUGCGUUCAAACGUAUGGGGUUCCCUCAUCUUCAGCCGAUGACGUAUACACAAAUGAGUGACAGAAGUGUUCCCUAUGGCUGGCCAUUUUCACAACUGUACCCCAUGCACGGCUCGGCUAAUGGAGCAGGUUUAGGUCUGACUUCAUUUCCAAUGUAUCCGUAUUACUCUCGUGUGCUUUCUACGGCGGCUGCAGUCGGCAGGGCUGCAAAUAAUUCAAGACUGAACUUUUCCAUGGACAGAAUUCUUGGAAAUGAGCCGGUAAAUUUGAGCAAUUCUUCACCAAGCGUUCAGAAUUUACAAACUGAAAAAUCAGUCGCUAAUAUGCCGACGUCACCAACGAGAGGUAUUGUAAACCCGACGAUACAGUCGCUAUACCGGCAGGCGGCGUCCCACGGAACUAUUUCACCGUGCUUUGUAAAUGGAGUAGAUCUUAGUGCUUCAAAUAUGAGGGACUUCAGUAUUUCGUCGUCGUCGGCGUUUACGGCGACAUUAAAGACAUUGGCGGGAAAUCACCAUGCAAGUGACGUUAGAAUUUGAUAAAUGUUAAUUCAAUGACAAAGAUAUCUCGAAAUUUUUGUGUUACAAAAGUAUAUAAUGCAAAUUUUACGAAAUGAAAUAUAAUAUUUGCAUUAUUGUUAUAUAUAUUAAAUAUAUAUUGUAAAUUCGUAGAAAAUUAAUCUGUCUCACUUUGGAAACAGGUAUUUUGUUUGUAACCGGACACAUCAAAGAGGAAUUUAUUUCGAGGUAAAUGAUUGAUUUUCUUGCCAGAAAGUUAUGAAUAUAUUGAUGCAAAUAAUAAAAAAGAAAUAUAUUUAUUGAUUAUAUAUAUUUUGCUUUGGCAAUAAAUGUCAGAAUAAAUGAACUUACAAGCCCUUU